AUGCGGAAAGUGGUCGAGCAGGUUGGAGAGGAACAAGACCUCCAGCCCUUGGAAGACAAAACGGAACCACUGCUACUGCGCUCCAAGCGUACAGAACGCGCCGAGAAGAGGCAACGGCUCCGGGAAAAGAAGCACAAGGUCAAAUCGCACGUGACGCACAUCCUGGAUCUUCCGCACGAACUGGUGCUCGAGAUACUGUACUAUUGCCAACCCAGUACCUUAUUCAACCUUGUGCGUGUGAGUAAGGCCUAUCAAGCCUUCCUUCGCGCUGAGGAGGAGAGGAUCGCGUACAAUGUAUGCGACUUUCGGUAUCGUUGUCUGCGAAAGUGCUUUCACAAGCCCGUUUUACUUGAGCAUGUCGAUCCGGACGCACAUGCAUCUCUACAGAGCAUGGACAGAGUCGAGCUCAAGAACGCCUUGACCAAGCCGUAUCAGCAUGUGCAGUCCCCUGAUCCCACUAUGAUUUGCACCUGUUUCGCCUGUCUUCUGCGCUGGACGAGUCUGAACAUCAUUCCCGAUUUUGCACACUGGCAGGGAAACCUCGAUGCCGGUGAGCCCAUCCCGGUCAUCCCACGAGGGAAACAGCCCGAGUGGAACCGGAAACUCGUGGGGCUUCACGCUGACAUCGUUCGCAAAGCGAUCGUGAGCCCAUUGUGGCACUCGAGGCUUCUUCAAGAGCAUCUCAGAUCUACGGUGCGCGCCAUUAGUCGCCACGCCGCCAACAAGGGAAAUAAGCGGCGAAGAUUUCGUUUGACCCAAGACGACAUUGUCUCGGAGACGGAUCAUUUCCUCGAACGGAGUGGGCCGCCCACUACCGACAUCCCCUAUAUGAGAGAUAACUACUACAUGCUGGAGGCGUUUUUGCCGAAUCGCGGUUGGAAUGGUGAAGAGGUGAGAUGGAUGUAUGUUCCUCAAGAGCAGCACGAAACAGACGUAAAAAUAGUGGUCUCCUGGGCAAAAUGGCGGGCACAGAGGAAUGGUUUGAUGACCUCAUGA